AUGAGUUCAACUGUUUCAACAUCUCGAGGGAUACUUCCACCAGCAACGGCGGGGGUUUCUGGUCCUUUUCUCCAUAGUGAAUCACAGUUUAGUGAAAGUGAUGAGACAGAGUUACUCACUGUAUCAUGGAAUCAGGAUUAUGGUUGCUUUGCUGCUGGGACAAGCCGAGGUUUUCGCAUUUAUAACUGUGAUCCUUUCAAGGAAACUUUCAGACGUGACCUGAAAAGUGGGGGAUUUGGGAUUGUUGAGAUGCUGUUUCGGUGCAACAUUUUGGCACUUGUUGGUGGUAAAGCCAAUAACCAGUAUCCUCCAAAUAAAGUUAUAAUCUGGGAUGAUCAUCAGAGCCGGUGCAUUGGUGAAUUUUCUUUUAGAUCUGAGGUUCGUGCGGUGAAAUUAAGACGGGAUCGCGUUGUUAUUGUUCUUGAGCAUAAGAUAUACAUUUACAAUUUUAUGGAUCUGAAGCUUCUUCAUCAGAUUGAGACACUGGCAAAUCCCAGAGGACUUUGUUGCCUUUCACAUAACUUGAAUACUUCUGUAAUGGCUUGCCCAGGUCUUCGACGAGGACAGGUGCGGAUUGAACAUUUUGGGCUGAAUAUGACUAAAUUGAUUAAUGCGCAUGACACUCAGAUAGCAUGUAUAACCUUGACUAUGGACGGGCUGCUUCUUGCAACUGCUAGUACAAAGGGCACUUUGAUAAGAAUUUUCAACACAAUGGAUGGAACUCGAUUACAAGAGGUACGCAGAGGGGUGGACAAAGCAGAUAUCUAUAGUAUUGCUCUCUCCCCAAAUGUACAGUGGUUGGCAGUGUCAAGUGACAGAGGUACUGUUCAUAUAUUUAGUCUCAAGGUGCGUGUUGGGGAGGACCCAUCAAGUCAUUCCAGUGCCACUCAAAGUCCAGCACUGUAUUACCAGAAUUCUUCAACUUCACUCGAUACUCUUAUUUCUCCAAAUACUGGUGCCAACCCUGGCUCAUCAUUAUCUUUCAUGAAAGGAGUUUUACCAAAAUAUUUCAGCUCAGAGUGGUCAUUUGCUCAGUUCCACUUACCAGAACACACACAAUUCAUUGCAGCAUUUGGAUCCCAGAACAAUGUCAUUAUUGUUGGCAUGGAUGGGAGUAAUAUUGCGUUUUUCUAUCCAGUUUCAGCCUCGGAAAUUCCCCGGUACCUUCAUUACACCUGGACUUAUGUAGCAGAAUUCCGGGAAUUUGAAUCAAGCAUUUGGUUUCAGGGUUAG